UCUGACAGCGUACGCGGUUAUCAUCACUGCACCAGCCCACGGUCGGCAGUUGUGGCUAGUCUUCAGGUGGAAGCAUGUGUUGUUGAUAUUCAAACAGUGUCAGGCGGACAAUUCCACAGUAAUUAUGCCAAUAGGUCGGUGGGAACAGAUACAUCGCUACAACGGACACAGGAAUUUACAAAACACGGAUUCUUGGCUGUGAAUGUUUUAACCAGAGGACUGGCAUUGUGUGAAGAUCGUGAUCAACUUGUGGUUGGGGGAUCUACCCGAAUCAAUAUAGAGGGCUUAAGUACAGUAGGAUCCUGUUUGUAGUGUUUCCGAUGUUUGGUCUAUCUGGCGCCAGGUGAUCACAGAUUGAAAUUAUUCUGAAUGGAACCAGGAAAGGAAGCAAGACGUUCAAUUUAACGGAUGAGACCAUGCUCGGUGGAGACACAGCUUGAAAGAUACAAGUAACCACUUCCAUGUCAAGAGGUUGUUUUGAAUGAACGGCAAAGGUCAAGGACUUUCCUCUGGGGAUUCCGAGUGUCCAAUCUGCCUCUCCGCAUUCUCACAAUGGAAGUCACGAGCCCGAAGGCAUGUGAGAGUUUUUUCAGCCUCACAUCAGUUGCCGGCAGCCGGACGCAGCUGGUCAAGGGGGCAGAGGAAGAGAGCACUACCAGAAAAUCUUCCUCUGAAGACGUCCCCCUCAAAGAGAUGAAGAUCUCUUUCAAGGAACUUGACCUGGAGGAGAUGUACCAUCAGUACAGCAUCCAGAUCAAACAGUCCCUCAUCGUUAUGUACCUCGGCCUGGACGUGGCAGUGUCUAUCAUAAUGAUCAUCAUCCAUCUAGCACACGGGGACGCACACAAGAGUCCUUCCCAGACUGCCCAAGUGUCCAUACUAGGCUGUGGUGCUCUGUUGAAGGUGUUCCUCAUUGUCUUCACCACCCUGAAGAAGAUCUACCAGAAACACACCUCCCUCCUUUCAGCUGCUGUGUGGCUCUCCAUCCUGUCACUCAUGUCCCUCUACUACAGCUUCAGCCCCCGCCGCACCCACGCUGAUGACAUGCCUGUCAUGUUCUAUAUCACCUUGGUGGGCUAUAUGGUGCUGCCAUUGUCCAAAAAAUGGUCGUUUGCAGUUGGAUCUCUGUCUUUGGUCCUGGAGCUUGUAUUGUCCGGGCUCGUUGCUAAUGCUGUGAUGCUUCUCUGUGCCAAUCUGGUUGGUCUUUACCACAAGUCACUGUCCGAUUUGGCUCACCGACGAGCGUUCCUUGAUGCCAGGAACUCUGUGGAGUCAAGCAUCAAACUGGAAAGGGAGAAGAAACAGCAGGAGGAGCUUCUCAUCAGCUGUAUCCCCAGCAACCUGAUGAACCAGAUGAAGGAGGAUCUCCAGAAGCAGAUGAUGAGCAAGGCACCCAAACCCUCCCCCUUCCAGGACCUGUAUGUGCAGCACUACACAGAUGUCAGUAUCCUGUAUGCAGACAUUGUCAACUUCACACCGCUGGCCUCCGACUGCACAGCAGCUGAACUUGUUAAAAUGCUGAAUGAGCUGUUUGGCAGAUUUGAUCAGUUAGCCAAGAAGAGCAACUGUAUGCGAAUCAAGAUUCUGGGGGAUUGCUACUACUGCGUGUCUGGCAUCCCAUCCGCUGACAAGGACAACGCUGCCAACUGCGUCCGCAUGGGGCUACGCAUGAUUGAAGCUAUCAGGGAAGUGAGGGAGGCGACUGGUGUGAAUGUAGACAUGCGUAUUGGGGUUCAUACGGGUACGGUGCUGUGUGGAGUUCUGGGCCGGAGGAAGUGGCAGUAUGACGUGUGGUCUGAUGACGUCACCAUUGCCAACCACAUGGAGUCAUCGGGGGUGCCAGGGCGUGUUCACAUCUCCCAGCAGACCCUGGACAGUCUAGGGGGACAAUACGAGGUAGAGCCGGGCAAUGCUCACACCAGGAGUCGCUUCAUUGCCGACAACAACAUGAACACCUUCCUUGUUGUGCCGUUUGAGAGAAGGCCAAGGAGACAGAAGCUGGCGAGGACAAGAUUUGAACACACGAUGCGAGCCUCGUUGAAAGUUACCAAAUACUUGGAAACCUGGGGAAUAGACAAACCCUUCGCCAACCUCCAGUCUACGUCCAUGGUGUCUCGCGUCCUCAGUCUCACUAGUCUGGCCUUAGUGGAUACAAACUUCAUCAUUAAUUCAAGUGGACUGGAUCAAAGCAGUCUACUGUCGGGAGACAUGUAUCUACAACAGGAAGUGAAGGUGGAGCUGGGUAAACGCCUUGAACAACUUGGUGGCGGCAGGUGUCUCCCCAACAACACAGAUGUCAACAGGGUGUUCCUGACCUUCAAGCAGAGACAACAGGAAUACAGCUAUAUGCACCAGGCUGACCUGAUGUUCAAGUACCAGGUGGCGUGCUGUGCAGUCAUCUUCCUCUGUGUCGUCAUCAUCCAAGCCAUCAUGCUGCCCAGAGAUAUCCCCCCUCCUGGUGGUUGGAAUUGUAGGGAUCGUGACCUUUGGGCUCAUAUCUGUGAUACAGUUUGCCGAAGUCUGCAUUUCUUCAGGCAACAAGCUGGUCAGUGUGUUGGUCAAGUUCAGCCGAUGCAUCACCUACAGCACCUGUCUCCGUUUGGUCAUUUCUGUCUGCUGUACCAGUCUCAUCCUGUUUGCCUCCAGCAUCAGUCUGAACUUCACAUGCCGGAGUUGGAAAACACUUCAUCCACUGAGCCAGGAGAAAGCAGCUGUGAUUAUCCACUUUACUACAUCCUGAGUUUUAUGCUGGGGUUGACAUCAUGCAGCGUCUUCGUCCACCUCAGCUUCAUCAUCAAGCUGGCUGAGAUGUCGGUGGCACUAGUAGUGUACUUCCUCAUUCUUCAUCUCGGAAGACAGGACAUCUUCAUCAAGUUCAACAACUUGGUCAACAAAGAUACACAACCCAAUGAAUUGCAGGCUGAUAUACGACUUAUGGCAACAGUCCACCUGGCUUUAAUGUUCAUAGCUCUACAUGUGUUGGAUCGACAGACAGAGUAUACACAGCGAGUAGACUUUCUCUGGAAGACAAGAAAGGAUCCUGAUGAGGUCAAGGUCACAGCUGCCAUCAACAAAAUCAUCCUGGAGAAUAUUCUACCUGCUCAUGUGGCAGAUUAUUUUCUGAGGGCAUCUCGAAAAAAUGAGGACCUGUAUCACAAGUACUACCCCAAUGUCAGCGUCAUGUUCGCCUCUAUACCGAACUUCAAGGACUUCUACCAACAAAACGCUGCCAACAGACAUGGUCUUGAGUGUAUACGAGUCCUCAACGAAAUCAUCUCAGAUUUUGACACUCUUUUGACCCAGUCAAGAUUUCACUGUGUGGAGAAGAUCAAGACAAUUGGCAGUACAUAUAUGGCAGCAACGGGACUUCAGCCAGGCAUGGAAGAUAAGGAGGAUUCAGUGGAGAAUGAAGCAAACAUUGUUAAGAUGACUGACUUUGCGCUUUCAAUGAUAGAAAAGCUAGACAAUUUCAAUCAACAUUCUUUUAACCAGUUCAAACUCAGGAUAGGUUUAAAUGAUGGUCCAGUCAUAGCGGGAGUCAUCGGUGCUCGUAAGCCUCAGUAUGAUAUCUGGGGCGACACUGUCAAUGUAGCUAGUCGUAUGGACAGUAGCAGUGAACAGGGUAAAAUACAUAUGGCAGAAAAGACAGCCCAAGUUUUAAUCAAGAAAGGAUAUGAACAUGAAUAUCGUGGAUUAACAAGUCUGAAGGGCAAGGAGCCCAUGAUAACCUAUUUUAUACUUCCACAUAAUGUAGUGACACACUUAUAGCAAUAAAGCAUGACUGUUGCUACUGUUAUCAAUAUUCUCAUCAUCGCUUCCAUUCCUACACAACCGACAACACCUUAUCCAUCCCACAGAACUGAUGAUGAUGUUUGUGGAGAUCCUGAUCUGAAAGGACAACUGGCCACUCCUUACACUACUGGUGGGCCUGACGAUGAUGCUUCUGAAGUUCCAGAUCUGAAAGGACAAUAGACUACUCCUUACACUACUGGUAGGCGUGAUGAUGGAAUGCUUCUGAAGUUCCAGAUCUGAAAGGACAAUAGACCACUCCUUACAAUACAGGCAGGCCUGGUGGUGAUUCUUUUGGAGAUCCUGAUCUGAAAGGACAACUGGCCACUCCUUACAUUACAGGCAGGCCUGAUGGAGAUGCUUGUGGUGAUCCUGAUCUGAAGGACAAUAGACCACUCCUUACAAUACAGGCAGGCCUGGUGGUGAUUCUUUUGGAGAUCCUGAUCUGAAAGGACAAUAGACCUUUCCUCACAAUACAGGCAGGCCUUAUGAUGGUGCUUUUGAAGUUCCAGAUCUGAAAAUACAACUGGCCACUCCUUACAUUACAGGCAGGCCUGAUGGAGAUGCUUGUGGUGAUCCUGACCUGAAAGGACAAUAGACCAUUCCUUACAAAACAGGCAGGCCUGGUGGUGAUUCUUUUGGAGAUCCUGAUCUGAAAGGACAACUGGCCACUCCUUACACUACUGGUGGGCCUUACGAUGAUUCUUCUGAAGUUCCAGAUCUGAAAGGAUAAUAGACCACUCCUUACGUUACAGGCAGGCCUGAUGAUUGUGCUUCUGAAGUUCCAGAUCUGAAAGGACAAUAGACCACUCCUUACAUUACAGGCAGGCCUGAUGAUGGCGCUUCUGAAGUUCCAGAUUUAAACUGAUAACAGACCACUUCAGUGAAGAUGAAGGUCCACCGUCAAGUCAGUGGAUAAAUGGCCAUACCAGCCCAUCAAGCCCUGGAGGCUAUUAUAGAUUGAUGCCACUGGCUUUGGAAGAUAAUUCUGAAUGAUUCCUAUGCUGUUCAUAGACAAACAGAUUUGAGUUGCAAGGUGUAUCUGCUGAAGGUGUUCAGAACUAGCAAGGAAACAAAGACUACUUUUGCUGUCUUUGACCAUGAAAGUAUACGCACAUCUCUGAAGUGAUACAAGGUUUUCUUUGUGAAAAUCUGACAGUUAAUUUACAUAGUCUGACCAAUGUGUGAUGUAUUGAUAAUGAAGGAUGAUGAAUGAUUGAUUGUAAUAUAAUAUAUUGCAACAACAGUGAACUGUACAAGAUGAAAUGGGAGGACAACAGAGGACAAGCAUAUCAUUGCAUGUGUGAUAAGUACCUGAUGGAUUGAAAAGACAGCAAAGAUUGAGCAUAUUAUGGUGUGUGAUUUGUGUCACGGUGUGUGAUGAAAGAGGAAGGACAACAGAGUGCCUGUGUAUCAUGGUCUGUGAUCUGUCCCCUAUGAAAUAGAAGGACAACAGAGUAACUGUGUUUCAUGGUGUGUGAGAUGUACCUGAUGGAUUGAAAGGACUACAAGUCUACAGUCAUCAAUUGAAAUGUUACAAAGAAGUUCCUUUUACUGAAAACAUAAAAUUACUCAAUAUGUUUUUGUUGGCAAACAUGGCACAGUGAACGUCAUUGAUAUAUUUGUUAAUCAAAGGAAAUACUGAUUGAUAGGGACCUUGCGAUGAUGUCCUCCAUCGGUACAUGUUGUCCUUUGAGUAGCAGUUCAUGUCUAACUUCAGUUAUUUAUACAGGUAACUUGGUGCAACGAACUCAAGGGAUACACUUCAUCAGCAGAAUAUGUCUCAGCAAAAUAUGUCACCUGCAGAUUGUACUCUUGGAUGAUUUCAAGAUCCAUAUAUCACAUUUUGACUCACAUAUGAUGGUCAAAAGCCAUUGCUUGAAAAUGGUCAAAACAUUUUCAGGAUAGAGACAUUGUUAGAGAUACGUUCUGUGACUGUUAUACAGAAAAUGG